AUGAAGUUCUUCUCGUCAUUGAGUCUCCUCCUCCUUGCAGGCGUUGCAAACGCCCAGUACAAGUGCUACUGCACUGGCUUCGGUGCCGCCAACCCCGACCAGUUUUCCAACACCUGCUGUGUCACUGGAGACGGAGUCACGUUCCCUGACGGAGUGGAUCGCAAGGGGACUUGGUUGAACGACGGCGGACUCUGCCAGUUCAGCGGGCUGGGACAGUUCAGCCAGAACCAGUUCAUCUCCGCGUACGCAGCUUGCUGUGCCAGCACAGGCCCUCAGGAAGGGGAUAAGUAUGGGGGCAACUGCUUCUGA